ACUGUGCCUGCACCCUGUUGGGCACAAAGCUCGCGAUGCAUCACUAGACAUCCUAGGGGUUGCCCUUAUGGCUCGUUUCAACAAACGUGGUGACAUCAAUGACAUCAACACAGCUCUCAGCCACCAUCGCGAGGCACUAGCAUUGAAACCACUUGGGCAUCCAAUGCGUGACAAUAUGCUUGCCAACCUUGCUGUUGUGCUCAAAACCAGACAUCGGAAAUCACACGCUAGCGAGGAUCUUAACGAGACUAUCGUUCUAUACCGCAAGGCUCUCCAGUUAAGGCAGCAUGGUCAUCCAGAGCGCUAUUUACCGCUUUUGAAUCUGAGCUCGGCACUCUGUUCUCGUUUCAGGCAAACUCAGAAGAAUGAAUAUGUCGAAGAGGCCAUUGGUCUCUCCCAAGAAUCAUUAAACAUUAUUGCCACCACUCCACACCCACAGGCACUACUGCUAUUUCAGGCUACGGGAAGCCUAUACGUACUCGCAUCACGACACCACACUCAUGGCCCCCUAAGCCGCAUCAUCGAGGCAUAUAACUGGACUCUUGCCGCAGAGCAGCAUGGUCACAAAUCCGUACUGGAGGCCUACUCAACAUUCUUCGAGCUUCUUGAUGCUCAUUUACCAACACUGUCCUCCACAAUUUCACGGCGUGAAGUUGCUGCCGCCUUCCAUUAUGCCAGAACAAUCCCUAUAGAUGCGGCAUCGUGUACCUUUUACCAUCAUAACCUACACAAAGCCGUCGAACUCGUGGAGCAGGGCCGUGGCCAGCUAGCAGUGGUCGACUUGGGACUCCAGUUAAAGACCUCCAAACUGAGCAAACGCAUUUUCAAUGCCACUCGAGGUUCUGCAGCCAUCAUUGACAGAGCCUCAGCUGAUGUGGUAGCACAAGAGUACAGGAGACUUACGGAGCAGUGGGAGGCUGUGGUAGCUGAAACCCGUGAUCUUCAAGGUUUCUCGCGUUUCCUGCUCCCACUGUCGUGUGAAGACCAGACCUGGAGUAGUUCAAGGACGACUUCGCUAAGGCGAUACGGCACGCGGCUGCUGUGUCCGACGGCAGCCUUCACAUUCAUCCCUCUCCAAGCAGCCAACUCCUUUCGUAUAAAGGCCGAUCGCUCUGGGCUAGAAUUAUGCCUAGAGGAUAUCUACAUUUGCUCUUACGCUCCGACACUUUUGGCUCUGAUCAGAGCUCAGCAUACGAUGAAGAAACAUGUGCCCCCUGGCGCAGCGUAUGGGAAAGUGCUCGCCACUGUCGACAGCGAGCUCAAGCUUGUCAAGAAAGCCAUUCGGCAAACUUACUUCACGUUCUUAUCGGCAUGUCAUACCGCCGUCGGCGAUGAGAAGACACCUGCCGAGGCCAUUGACCUUGCAGCCGGUCUGCAAUUUUCUGGGUUUAAGAGUGUUAUUGGCACGUUGCGGUUGGUUGACGAUGCUGUUGUGAAACGCGUUGUCGAAGCUCUCUCGGCUUCGGCACUCAACCAUGCUACGUACGCCGUGAAGAAGGAAGUGUCGCUUGAGCAGACGAUCGUUUUCGUUCAUAUAGGCGUGUAG